AUGCGGUCAUAUGCACAAAUCCUGAAGUCGGAUCAAACCAGGGACACAUUUGAUCUGACAUCUCGCAACUCUGACGAGCUGGGCCAGCUCACCGAGGGGGGACAACUAUUCCUCCACGCCAGGGACAAGAACUCUGUGAUCAUCUCGACCGAGCAAUUCCUUGCAUUGCAGGUUAAUUUCAAGGAUCUUGCGAUAGUACUUCGUAGUCAGUUCCCGGAUGCCUUGGGUCUUCGCAUCCGUAACGUCAGUCAAACCACCAAGUACUUUGAAAUCAAUUUUCGCACUGCUGAAGCCAGGGAGGCCGCCCUGAAGAAAGAGUUUACCUAUAAAGGAAUGCAAGUCAUUGUCAGCCGUACCUAUCCUAAGGACGCUACCAUUGUUCGGGUUAGUGUAAGCAAUCUACCUUAUGAAGACGAGGAGACGCUGAAGGAUGCAAUGUCAACAAUUUUUGGUAAAUAUGGAGAAAUCUUGGAGAUGGGUCUGCUCCAUACUGUGCAUGGGCACUUCUUUACCGGUAGAGGUUUCGUCACUUUGAAUCUCAUUCCUGGUAAAGAGUAUGCACCUCUGGUACCUCUAAUUAACUCUUGGGAAUCUGGUGAAACUCUCAAGAUUACCUACACUGGUAUGAAGCCUACCUGUAGUCGUUGUCAUAUCACUGAUCAUGUCUUUGACACAUGUCUGAGCGCAUGGUGGAAUCAACGCAAGAAGGCUGCCAAGUUGAACACAACACACACAUCACCACAUCAGUCGAAGGCCACUGACAAGAAGGCAGCACCUGUAGUACCUACACCUGCUAAGGCAGAUGAGAGUACUUCUGACAAGACGAAGGUUACUAAACCCUUCAUUACAGAGAUCAUCCCAGCAUCUUCUCAAGAAGCAACCAACACCAAUUCCAACACCACGGAAUCCUCUUCCAUUGCUGAAGAGACAGCACCCAUUCCAUCUAGUGAUGAGGAUGGAAAGGACGUCGCUGCCACUGGGGAGGAGCAGCUCACCAAGGAGGUUGAAGUGUGUGAAUCUGAACAAGAGCGUUUAACGGUUAUUCAGAAGCAACAGGGCGACACUCCAGAAGAUGAUCUUGAUGAUGAGAUGGAUGGUGACGACAACGUCGAUGAGAGCGAUAUCAACAUGGAGGAAGCGGCCAAGGAGGCGGCAAGCAGCCCUAUACCUCUGGAUGAGGUUCUCCAGAAGAUGAGACGCCAGCUCAGGCUCCAACGUCGCAAGGCCAAGCAACUGCACAAGGACAACAAGGACAAGGCAUCACGCCCUCGUCACGGUGGAACGGCUUCGAAGAAGAAGGCUUCUACCAACCCCUCAUCACGUCAAUAA